GGAAGAGAAGCCGUAUCGGCCAAUGAGGGAGAACGUGGGGCUUUCAUUCAUUGUGACGUGUGCUUAAUUUACACGAUGCGGUAGUAGAUGAAUUGGGUCCAAUCCUUUCCAGCAUUUGGAGAAGAGUGCGGUUUUGCAAGAGGCUAGGCUAUUCAAUGAGACACCCAUCAAUCCUAGAAGAUGUCUUCAUAUUUUGACCAAGAUUUUGUACUUGCUAAACCAGGGUGAACACUUUGGCACAAUGGAAGCCACUGAAGCAUUUUUUGCCAUGACUCGUUUAUUUCAGUCCAACGAUCAAACUCUGCGGAGGAUGUGCUACCUUACUAUCAAGGAAAUGGCGAAUAUCUCUGAAGAUGUUAUUAUAGUCACUAGCAGUCUGACUAAGGACAUGACUGGCAAAGAAGAUGUGUAUAGAGGGCCCGCCAUUCGAGCACUGUGUAGGAUAACUGACGCCACAAUGCUUCAAGGGAUAGAGCGAUAUAUGAAACAAGCCAUCGUAGAUAAAAUUCCCAGUGUUUCCAGCUCUGCACUGGUAUCUUCCUUGAAUAUGACAAAAAUCAGCUAUGACGUAGUGAAACGCUGGAUUAAUGAGGCUCAAGAAGCAGCAUCUAGUGAUAACAUUAUGGUACAGUAUCAUGCCCUUGGACUCCUCUACAACCUAAAGAAGAAUGAUCGUCUUGCAGUUUCCAAGAUGCUAAACAAAUAUACCAAAUCUGGUGUGAAAUCCCCAUUUGCUUACUGCAUGCUAAUCCGCAUAGCUAGCCGGCUGCUGGAAGAGUCUGAAGAAGGGCACAACAGCCCUCUGUUUGAUUUUAUUGAGAGCUGCCUUCGGAACAAACACGAAAUGGUAAUUUAUGAAGCUGCUUCGGCUAUUAUCCACCUUCCUAACUGCACAGCAAGAGAGCUGGCCCCGGCUGUUUCAGUCCUGCAGCUCUUCUGUAGUUCGCCCAAACCUGCCCUGAGAUAUGCUGCAGUAAGAACACUUAACAAGGUUGCAAUGAAACAUCCAUCUGCAGUUACUGCAUGUAACCUGGACCUUGAAAAUUUGAUAACAGAUUCCAACCGCAGCAUUGCCACACUAGCCAUCACAACACUACUAAAAACUGGUAGUGAAAGCAGCGUUGAUCGACUCAUGAAACAAAUCUCCACCUUUGUCUCUGAAAUCUCGGAUGAGUUUAAAGUGGUAGUAGUACAAGCAAUCAGUGCAUUAUGUCAGAAGUACCCACGCAAGCACAGCGUAAUGAUGACAUUCCUUUCCAACAUGCUAAGGGAUGACGGAGGUUUUGAAUACAAGCGUGCCAUAGUGGACUGCAUUAUUAGCAUUAUCGAGGAGAACCCAGACAGCAAAGAAUCUGGCCUGGCUCACAUGUGUGAAUUUAUUGAGGACUGUGAGCACACAGUUCUGGCUACAAAGAUCCUGCAUCUUUUGGGAAAAGAAGGACCAAAAACACCUACACCUUCCAAGUACAUUCGUUUCAUCUUCAAUAGGGUGGUGUUAGAGAAUGAAGCCGUCAGAGCGGCUGCGGUCAGUGCUUUGGCUAAGUUUGGUGCCCAGAAUGAAUCUCUUCUACCAAGUGUUUUAGUACUUCUUCAAAGGUGCAUGAUGGACAGCGAUGAUGAGGUGCGAGACAGAGCAACAUUUUACUUCAAUGUAUUAAAGCAACAGCAACUAGCGCUGAAUGCUGCCUACAUUUUCAAUGGUCUUACAGUUUCUGUCUUUGGGAUGGAGAAAGCAUUACACCAAUAUACAUUAGAACCUUCAGAGAAACCCUUUGAUAUGAAGACUGUUCCUCUCGCCACUGUCCCCUUUAUGGAUCAGAAAACUGAUCUUGCUCCUAUGGCUACUAAACAGCCUGAGAAAGCAGUACCUGUCAGACAAGACAUCUUCCAAGAACAAUUGGCUGUCAUUCCGGAAUUUAAGAACCUAGGCCCCUUGUUUAAGUCUUCCGAACCUGUGCAGCUUACUGAAGCAGAGACUGAAUAUUUUGUAAGAUGUAUCAAGCACGUAUUUCCAAAUCAUUUUGUGUUCCAGUUUGACUGCACAAACACACUAAAUGAUCAGCUCUUAGAGAAGGUGACAGUGCAGAUGGAGCCAUCGGAAGCUUAUGAAGUGUUGCAUUAUGUCCCGGCUCCAAGCCUUACAUACAACCAACCUGGCAUUUGUUAUACACUUGUCAGCCUUCCUGAUGAUGAUCCUACAGCAGUAUCCUGUACAUUUAGUUGCACAAUGAAGUUUGUGGUCAGAGACUGCGACCCCCAGACUGGUGUUCCUGAUGAUGAAGGUUAUAGUGAUGAAUAUGUGCUUGAAGACCUAGAGUUGAGUCUGUCUGACCAUAUUCAGAAAGUACUGAAGCCAAAUUUUGGGGCAUCAUGGGAAGAAGUGGGUGAUGCAUACGAGAAAGAAGAAACAUUUGCCCUUACUACAACAAAAACUCUAGAAGAGGCUGUUAACAACAUAAUCAAAUUCCUGGGGAUGCAGCCAUGUGAGAGGUCUGACAAGGUGCCAGAAAACAAGAACUCACAUGUGCUUUACUUGUCAGGGGUGUUCAGAGGAGGUCAUGAUGUUCUCGUGAGAUCCAGACUUGCCCUUGCUGAUGGGGUUACCAUGCAAGUUACUGUCAGGAGUCAAGAUGAAACUCCAGCAGAUGUCAUUCUGGCCUCAGUGGGCUAAUCCUUCCUUUGUCAAAGCAGAACUUUCUGCAGCCCACUAUAUAAACAAACAUUUCAGGAAAACCAAUUUCUUUUUUCUGUUGUCUGAAGUUUCCAAAAAUCUCCCAAACCUUUCUCUUCUAUGAAAAGAACUUUUGCUUGGGGCACUUGAAACAUGUAGAGGGCCCUCUUGCUAAUUACGGGUUGAAGUUGUUGAAAAUAAAAUACAGUCCAUUCCUAUGUGCUACGUUGGUAAGCAUGGAAAUAUGUGCUUGCACUCUUUUUUUUUUUCCUUAAAAAAUGGUUCUGAGUAGAGCAUAAUCAUUCAUUUAAAUUAUACUACUGACCAGACUACAUUCAUUUCAUACAGACUCCUGUUCAUGGUUUUUUUGCCUUCACUGAAAGUCAAGGCCAAUAAGCUUUAACAUUAACAGUGCAAGCAUUGUGCUUUCUCCAAUCCAUUAGUUACUCUCAGAAUAGUAAAGCAGUUGAAUAUUAAAGACCCUAAAUAUAUUUUAGACCAAAAUAAAGUAUAUAUGGCCCCUGAAAAUUUGCUACUGCAGAAUAUCAUUCCUGUAUAGUGAUGCUGUUUCUAAUUUAAACAUUUCUUUGCUGUCUCAGUCUCUAUUAACAUGUUUUGACAAUAAAAGUGAGAAAACAUUUUGGGACAGAA